AUGUGCGGGGCUUCGAGCUCUUCCGCCGCUGGCGACGGAGGCUCCGGCUACGACGAGAAGCUCCGUCGAAUUCAGGUGCACCUGCGGGACAGAUCUAAGCAGAAACACACGAAGCUUAAAAGAUACUUAAAAGAAAUAUGUGAACGUCAGAAAAAAUCUCUGCUCCGAAACCAAGAUUUGUUGAAAGAAUUUGAUUGUAUUGAAGCUCAUAUUAGAAAGUUUGCUUCGAGGUCAGAGUCUCUUCAAAAGCUGAAGGCAGAGUAUGAAAGACAAGUUAAAAGUAGACUGGCACUUCAGAAAAAUAGUACAUUAAAAGAUGAUGGGGAAGAUAAUGUUAAGCAGCUGACGAUGGCAGAAGCAAGACAAGCAGGAAUUAACACCAGGACAGCCAUGUCAACAGGACUGUAUCACACGGCGACCAUCUUUAUGGGCCGCCAAAUGUCAGCUGUCUCAGACGCUGACGAUUUUGGUGAACUGCAGAAAUCUUCCCAGCUCACAAAGAGCUUUUCAAUUCCUGACCCACAUGCCCAUACGCAGCCAUCACAGAGCAGCAGUGUGACUGACAGCUGUGUAGUACAAACUAAUAGUGAUCUACAGUGCUUAAAUCAGUCUGACAAAACACAUGGGAGGACAUAUCUGCCGGCGGGUGCCGAAAUGCCAGUCACAUCUGGCGUGUCAUCUGAGAAUGGGAGGACUUGCGGUGUAACAGUUGAACGCCAGGCAAAUAAUUGCGGCAGUAAUUUCAUGGAAAGCAAAGAAUCUCCUGAAGUUAACUCCCUGUUGCACGGAAGAUUAAGUCCUGAGAACAAAGGCUCCAGUUUCAAAAGUGACAGUUUACGCGGAUCUGUGGGAAAAGUCCUGACACAUGAGCACUCUGUACUAAAUGAACAGGGAUCCAAGAGGCCAAUCUCACUGACGUUUCACCCUGAGGAAGCUGUUUCUGGAAAUGAGUACUCAAGAGAGAAAUUCCCAGUUCUGAGGGAGAGCCUGCAGCUUGCCAGCGGUGCACAAGUGGAGGAAAAUGAAAGUUUAGAUGAAAGCAGCGACCUUACGGUUUCUCUGAGUGAGGAGGAAGAGGAGGACGAAGAGCCCUUUAAGCAGCAGAAAAGCAUGGGGGAUGUUGGCAGCAAGACCUCUUUAGAAACAGCCAGUGCAACACACAACAAGGAAGCCCCUCCUAAAGAAGGACCUCCGUGUUCUUAUACCUCCAGCCCAGAAGCAUCUGCUGGUUCCCCAGUCAGGGGAUGCCUGUCCUUUGAAGGGUUGUGUUCUGUGCUGCAGCACAUAGAAGAAAUGACAGCCAGGGUGGCUUCUGAAUGCCUGAUGCUGUACAAGAGCAAACCUGUGAACUCAGCAGAGCUGGAGGCCCUUAUAAGCAUCUGUAAUCAAACCGGCAGCUUGGAACAAGAAGACCUUGAGGUAUGUGAAGCACUUGUCCUUCAUCAGCUUCAGAGAUUAUUACAAAGCACAAUGAAUGGAUGUCUUUUACCAGAGGAAGCACUUAAUGACAAAAGUGGGAUGCUGGGUGAAAAACAAACCAGGCCUGAACUGUCAUCUUAUUUUGCAAGGAUAUGGGAACGUUUAAACAAACAUGUCAUGUUCUUGAAAGAGCACAAUGUUGUACUCACACAAGAAGUGAAAGACAUGUUGGCCACCUUACUGGUUUUGGAGAGAAAUAAGCAAGACAGCCUGGUUAUGUCAUUAUUGAAAGAGAACUGUCCAGAAGAAUGUGUAGAUGAAUCAUCUCCUUGCAGCAAUGUAACAUCUUGUAGUUCACAGGCAAACAAAAUAAAGCAUGAAAAUCAUACACAGUUGCUUGGUAGUAAUGGUGCAAGGGAACACGAAGUCACAAACUGGAGUGAAGAUGAGAGCAAGGAAGAAAGCCUGGUGGAAAAGAUUCCUGUUUCAGGUUUGAAUAUUGAUGGCCGUAGCUUAAAGGAACAGAAAAGCAAUGCAACCAGUUCAGAAGCUAGUUUUUCAUCUCGAGAAAAAAGAAGCCCUUUGUCAAGAGAUGAAAACCAAAAAGGAAAGAUAGCUGUGAUAAAGUCAAAAGCCUUUUGGGGCGAUUCGGACGACAGCAAUUCUGAUAUUGAAGCAGCUCUGCGUCCUCAAGCACACAGUUCACGUGAAGAUGAUUUUAGUGACUUCUACGACUGAGGAGCAACAGCUGCUGUGCAUACAUGUGACAAAAACCUCUCUGCUCAAAAGUGCUCCUCUAAGUGGCAUCUCCCCCCCCCCAUCCAGAGUUCCAAACACUUAUUUGCAGAUGGUUGUCAUGUGUAGUCCCGUGGUGAGGAACUUCAGAUUGGACUCCUGCUCUAAUAAAAUGUUUGAAAGCCACUACAAGGAAGUAAGCCUGGAGCAGGGAAAAAGGUUAAGUACUCUUUUCCUCUUCAGCUCCUCCUCGCUCCCUUUGCAAAUGGCUUUUGAUUUAAAGGGGUCACCGGAUGAUUGCUACGUGUGUUUGCAUGGAAUGUGUAACUUGGCCUUGACUUCACUAGCCGUUUGGAUAUGGGAGUCAACAGUUUCACCGAUCAUACACUUGUGUGUGCCUCAGCCAAUAUUUCCGUCUACAGAACAUUGUCUUGCAGUGGACUUCUUGCUGUUUUGUUUCUUCGUUAAUAAAAUCUUGCGUUUGGAAG